GAAGACGAAGAUACUUUGGGUUACGUUUAUUCUGUUUCGGGGCCCGUGGUUACAGCUGCUAAAAUGUCCGGCACUGCCAUGUAUGAGUUGGUCAAGGUAGGACAUUGUGAGCUGGUCGGGGAAAUAAUCAGGCUGGAAAACGACAUGGCAACUGUACAGGUUUACGAAGAGACCUCCGGCUUAGCCGUCGGAGAUCCAGUGACCCGUACGGGCAAACCGCUAUCAGUGGAAUUGGGUCCAGGAAUAUUAGGCUGCAUUGUGGACGGAGUACAAAGGCCCUUACACGAUAUACAAAGUCUUACAGGAUCAAUAUACAUCCCCAAAGGGAUAAACAUACCAGCACUUUCGAGGACCGUCAAGUGGGACUUCACCCCCAAAAAAAUUAAGCUGAAUACGCCGAUGGCUGGAGGUGACAUUUAUGGAAUAGUCCACGAAAAUACAUUAGUGCAGCACAAGAUGAUGCUGCCGCCUAAGGCACAAGGAUAUCUGAAGUAUCUUGCACCUGAAGGCUAUUACGAUGUAGAAGAUGUAAUAAUGGAGACAGAAUAUGAAGGAGAAGUUACUAAACAUACCAUGAUGCAGGUUUGGCCUGUUCGUCAAUCUAGACCAGUAAUAGAAAAAUUGCCGGCAAAUUAUCCUUUACUGACGGGUCAACGUGUCCUGGACGCUCUCUUCCCCUGUGUCCAAGGAGGAACGACUGCAAUUCCUGGUGCUUUUGGAUGUGGAAAAACUGUCAUUCCCAAGUCAGCUUUAUCAAAAUACUCGAAUUCCGACGUGAUAGUCUACGUCGGUUGUGGAGAACGUGGAAACGAAAUGUCGGAAGUUCUCCGAGAUUUUCCUGAGCUUACCGUGGAAAUUGAUGGCGUUACUGAAUCUAUUAUGAAAAGAACUUCGCUCGUGGCAAAUACAUCGAACAUGCCUGUGGCUGCUAGAGAAGCUUCUAUAUACACCGGUAUCACAAUUGCAGAAUAUUUCAGGGAUAUGGGAUUUCACGUGGCGAUGAUGGCAGAUUCGACUUCCAGAUGGGCAGAAGCUUUGAGAGAAAUUUCGGGAAGAUUGGCUGAAAUGCCUGCAGAUUCCGGAUAUCCGGCUUAUUUAGGAGCUCGUCUGGCAUCAUUCUACGAGCGUGCAGGCCGAGUCCGAUGCUGCGGCAGCCCGAACCGGGAAGGUUCCGUGUCAAUAGUUGGCGCCGUGUCUCCGCCCGGAGGAGACUUCUCUGAUCCGGUCACGUCUGCUACACUUGGAAUAGUGCAGGUAUUCUGGGGUCUGGACAAAAAACUAGCCCAAAGAAAACAUUUCCCAUCAAUAAAUUGGUUAAUCUCAUAUAGCAAAUACACAACCGCCCUAGAUCCAUUCUACGACGAACACUUCCCAGAAUUCGUCCAACUCAGGACAAAAGUUAAACAAAUUUUAGAAGAGGAGGAAGACUUAGCAGAAAUCGUCCAACUGGUCGGAAGAGCAUCACUUGCCGAAGUGGAUAUAAUAACUUUAGAAAUCGCCAGGAUGUUAAAAGAUGAUUUUCUGCAACAGAAUAGCUAUUCGCCUUACGACAGAUUUUGUCCUUUUUAUAAAACUGUGGGCAUGUUGAGGAAUAUGAUCAGUUUUUACGAUUUGGCAAGACAGACAGUGGAAAGUACGGCUCAGUGUGAUAAUAAAAUUAAUUGGAAUGCUAUUAGGGAAUCAAUGAGUCAGAUUUUAUAUAGAUUGAGUUCUAUGAAAUUUAAGGAUCCUGUCAAAGAAGGAGAGGCUGGUCUUAAGGAACACUUUGAGCAACUUCAAGAUGAUAUACAAUCCAGUUUUAGAACUAUACUGGAAUAA